AUGGAAAAGAUAGGUGAAGGCACCUACGGUGUCGUCUACAAGGCUCAGAAUAAUCACGGAGAAAUAUACGCCCUAAAGAAGAUCAGAGUGGAGGAAGAGGAUGAAGGGAUACCAAGUACAGCUAUAAGGGAGAUAAGCUUGCUAAAGGAAUUACAUCAUCCUAAUAUCGUUUGGCUAAGAGACGUCAUUCAUAGUGACAAGUGUUUAACGCUAGUUUUUGAAUACCUUGAUCAGGAUUUGAAAAAGCUUUUGGACGCCUGUGAUGGGGGAUUGGAACCAAGUACGGCAAAAUCGUUUCUUUACCAACUGCUUCGUGGUAUAGCAUAUUGUCAUGAUCAUAGAAUAUUACAUCGGGAUUUAAAACCACAAAAUCUAUUGAUAAACAGAGAAGGCGUAUUAAAAUUAGCCGACUUUGGUUUGGCAAGAGCGUUUGCUAUUCCCGUGCGAAGUUAUACUCAUGAGGUUGUAACACUUUGGUAUAGAGCACCAGAUGUGUUAAUGGGAUCCAAAAAAUACUCAACAGCAGUUGAUAUAUGGAGCGUUGGUUGCAUUUUUGCAGAAAUGAUAAAUGGCGUACCACUCUUUCCUGGUAUAUCUGAACAAGACCAACUUAAAAGAAUAUUCAAGAUACUUGGCACACCAAAUGUAAAUACAUGGCCACAAGUUGUUGAUCUUCCGGCGUACAACCCAGAUUUUUGCCAAUAUGAAAAACAGUCUUGGAAUAAUAUUAUUCCUAAGCUGAAUGAUGCCGGUAUAGAUUUAAUCUCUAGAAUGUUACAAUUAGAUCCGCUACAGCGUAUCUCUGCCAAAGAAGCAUUGUUGCAUGAAUAUUUCAGCGAUCUUUCAGAACGAGCUGGAUACGCCGACUGA